GAUUCUCCCCACAUCUCCCAGGACCUCAGACCCAUGGUCUCUAGAAGAUGACCUCGAAAGCCAGCCUGAGUGGGCUGGGCUCCAGCCAGGGGAGGCCAGGCCUGGCACAUUACCAUGGGAGGGAGGGCAGGUUCACUCCACCUUCCCGCCUCAGUCCUCCCUCUCCUCCUUCCUUACUAGCACCUCUCCUCCAGGGUCAGACGGAGACCAGGCUGAUCUCAGCAGACACCGACAGGCCCCAGGGCAGCUCCAGGAGUCCAGAUUCCAGCGGCGGAGAGAAGGCCCGGGAGCUGCCUGCAGCCAUGUCAGCCCUCGGCCUGGUCAUCCUGGGCCUGCUCACGGCAGUGCCACCCGCCAGCGGUCAGCAAGGCCUGGGGAACCUGCAGCCCUGGAUGCAGGGCCUUAUUGCCGUGGCUGUGUUCCUGGUCCUCGUUGCAAUCGCCUUUGCCGUGAACCACUUCUGGUGCCAGGAAGAACAGGAGCCUGUGAACAUGGUCAUGACCAUCGGAAACAAAGCAGAUGGGAUCCUGGUAGGAACGGACGGCAAGUACUCCUCGAUUGAGGCCAGUUUCAGGUCCAGUGAGCAUGAGAAUGCCUAUGAGAACAACCUGGAGGAGGAGGGCAAGGUCCGCAGCACCCCAAUGUGACCCCUGCUUCCUUGUGCCCGAUGUCCAGGCCCCUCCUUCUCUGUACAGGAAUGUGCAGUAAGGGGCUGACUCCAGCUCUCACACCUGCCCCACCCUCCAGCCAAGCUCGGAGCUCAGACUAUGUCCAGGUUGGGGCUCAGCCGUGGCUCUGGGGUCCUAGGGGGCCUCCCACUCAAUUCAGUUCAGAAGACCCUUCUGAAAAGGACAAUCAACUCAGCACCUCCCAUCCCGCCUCACAUCUCCCUCCCUGCAACCGUGGAAAUGGCUCUCAUUUCUGUGAAAUAAA